GAUAUUUGUAAUCUAGCCAUAGCCUCGAUAACAGUUCUACGGCUGUGUAGUGUGUACCUGUGGUGUGUGGUCUCUCCAACACCUACCAUCCCAACGUCACACUUUCUUCGCCACAAAUUUGUGAUUUGAUUCAUCAAUGUGCUUAUCAACUUAUCAAUUUGCUUCCGAUCGUUCAUCAUCAAUUGUGAUUUGAGUCAAUUGGGUUUUGCUGAACUCUUGAAUUGAUAAGUUCAAACUAAGGAUUGCGAGUUUUCUGCAUCUGGUUUAUUGCUUAUUGGACAAUAAUGGCUUCUUCAAUGCUGUAUGGAGCUGAAAAUCUUGCAAUUGUAAGAGGAAGAAUAGCCCCAAAUGGAUUAGGGUUUAAUGGGUCAGAAUUACAUGGAAGAAAGAGUCUUCCCAAAAUCAAUUUGGUUUUUGGGAAUUCCAAUUUGAGAAGUAGAACCCUAGUUUUACCCAAAUGCAGUGUUUCUGUUCCAAGGCCAGCUUCACAGCCUAGAUUCAUCCAACACAAAAAAGAGGCAUUUUGGUUCUAUAGGUUUUUGUCAAUUGUGUAUGAUCAUGUGAUAAACCCUGGUCAUUGGACCGAAGAUAUGAGAGACGAAGCAUUAGAACCGGCUGAUCUCCAUAGCCGGAAUAUGAUUGUGGUGGAUGUUGGUGGAGGUACAGGGUUCACAACUUUGGGUAUUGUGAAAAAUGUUGAUGCUAAGAAUGUUACCAUUUUGGAUCAAUCACCCCACCAGCUUGCGAAAGCGAAGCAAAAGGAGCCGUUGAAGGAAUGCAAGAUCAUUGAAGGAGAUGCUGAGGAUCUUCCAUUCAAAACCGACUAUGCCGAUAGAUAUGUAUCUGCCGGAAGCAUCGAGUACUGGCCGGACCCACAACGAGGCAUCAAAGAAGCAUACAGGGUUCUAAAGAUAGGAGGAAAGGCAUGUCUAAUUGGCCCUGUCUAUCCCACGUAUUGGUUAUCUCGUUUCUUUGCAGACAUGUGGAUGCUCUUUCCAAAAGAGGAAGAGUACAUCGAGUGGUUCGAAAAAGCUGGAUUCAAAGAUGUCAAAAUCAAGAGGAUCGGCCCAAAAUGGUAUCGUGGGGUGCGUCGCCAUGGUUUGAUCAUGGGGUGCUCUGUUACUGGAGUCAAACCCGCAUCAGGGGAUUCACCGUUGGAGCUCGGCCCCAAAGUAGAGGACAUCGAGAAGCCCGUGAACCCAUUCGUGUUUCUGGCCCGCUUUCUUCUGGGAGCCAUGGCUGGAGUCUACUAUGUGCUGGUCCCUGUUUACAUGUGGCUCAAGGACCAAAUUGUCCCAAAAGGUCAACCAAUCUGAGAGAUGGCUAGUUGCUUUCUGGUUUGUAUCCUCAUGAUUUUCUGGUUUUCAAUUUUAACUUCAAAACUGUGGUUUGUGAAUGUCUCUUAGAAUUCAAGCACUCUGUUUUCUCUUUGAAGUAUUUGACCAUUAAGCUUUACAAUUUUGUGCAAAA